AUGCACGCGGCCGGCGUGGCGCACCUGGACCUCCGCGACGAGAACGUGUGCGUGGCCCUCGACGAGAGGCGAGUGCGAGCGACCGUCAUUGACUUCGGUCUGGCUCACUUCGACUUCGAGGCGCGGUUCCCCAAGAACGUCGAGGAGGACCUUGACGACCACAGCACACUGGUGGAGGAGUUGCCAGAACUGCUGUUGGAGAAUUGUGCUUCCGAGGACGAGACAAAGGACGAGGACGACAUACUGCGGGAAUCCACGGUGGCCGAAGAAUCCUCCGAUGAGGACGACCUCGAAAACGUCUCCGAGUCCGACUCCAACGAAGAGGAGGAGGAGAGGAAGGUGGCGAACUGGAGAAUUGGCUGGAGGAAGAUUAAACCCUACUUCACCAGUUAA